AUGGCAUCCAACUAUCCGGCGCAGUCCUAUCCUAUCCCAGACAAUGUGCAGACUCAGUAUGCCUACCAGCAACCGUCGCCGGCCAACUCUGCUUCUCCUACUUCUCCACGUAUGAACGAGUAUAUGCAGCCACAACCUCCGAACCCGUUCAAGCAGCUGCGACCGCUGAAGUCACCCCUGUACGUGCCCGCCGUACUCAGACCGACCGAGCACUUUUCUACACCUUCGACUCCGCCCAAGAGUCAGCAUGGAUCCCUCGACAGCCUACCGGAGGCCGAGGUCGGUGCUGCAGUCAGAGCCGCUCAAAUGAAGCUGGAUCUAGAGGCUAUGGAUCACCAGUGGGCCAACGAUGAAGAGCUGGGAGAAGUGACCGGUCCCCCUACACGAGAGCACUGGAAGCCGGAUGUGGCAUCCCCAACCUGCGACUCUGCGCAAUGCCGCUCCAAUUUCAACCUCUUUGUCCGCAAGCACCACUGCCGACACUGCGGGCAUAUCUUCUGCUCUUCGCAUGUGCCACACACUAUUCCCCUGGAUCAGGAAGCCAAGUUCCACCCAGAUGGUAUUGAGUCCAAGGCUUGCGAUACAUGCUACCGCCAGUACCAGAAAUGGGACACUGCGCGCUCACUCAGACGCAAGAACAGUGAUGGCAGCAGAGACGAUGACAACCAGAGUGGGCCACCCACGCCACUUGCGGGCAGCCAUCGCCGCAUGGUCUCUGGUGCACGUCGGGCAGAGCACUCAGAGCAACCGGCCAACAGUGUACCACGAGACUGGAACUGGAGCACAUUCUGA